UAUUCAGCUGUUAAGUUUAACUUGUGUAUUUUUCAGAUUAAUUAAUAGCACGUCGUGUGUCGACCCAAUAACUUUAAUAAAGGGGCAUUCAUUGGCUUGAAUAAGGUUAGGUUAGAAACCGGACAUGCUGUGUUUUAUUUCGCAGCGUUAUCUUCCCAGACAGCUAGAUGAGGUAGCCAGCUAAAUAGCUACGUAUUUUGCUAGUGAGGUAGCGUUACACAUGGUCGGAGUUAAGACGUUUUAGUGAGACUGCAGCAGUAAGCAGGGAAGAUGCUGGAGAAUGAAGCAAACCUGCAGGAAUAUCAAAACGGGAGGAAGAAGAAAAAGAAGAUGAUGGUGUCAGAGAGUGAUGGAUGUCUUAUGGAGAUAUCCUCAACAUCAACCGUAUCACUGGAACAGCUAAAUGAGGGUUUGGCUGCCAGCUCAGAAACGCAGGCGGGGAAGGAGAAACAUGGAAAAAAGAAGCACAAGAAGAAAAUGGAGGGUGACAUUGCUGAAGUAUCUGCUGAGGUGUCUGUGUCUGAAUCUAUAACGGUAGGACAAGAAGAGGGAAGAAAAAGGAAAAGGCGGCGGAAACAGCAGGGAAAGGAGGAGGAGGAUGGUGCCCCUGUGGUUUCGGAGACAGAGGGGGCACUGGUGAAGGAAAGGAAGAAGAAGAAGAAGAAGAAACGGAGUGAGAUGAGUGACACUGCCGAACAUGCUUCAGAGGUUCCUGACAGGGAGACUGUAGUUGCAGAAGAAAAAGUGAGAGAGAAAAAGAAGAAGAGACGGAAGGAUUCUGAAAUGGAGCAGGACAACAAUACAAUGGGUGCAGAAGAAAUGGUGAAGAAGAACAACAACAACAAGAAAAAGCACUUUGAGAGGGAGGAAAACGGCGCUGGGGAAAGUUCCAGUAUGAUACCGUCAGAUGAUCUAAAGGAGCAAGGGACGCAAUAUAAGCUUAACAGUAAAACACAGAAACUGACCACUGCUUAUGCUGUAGAGAUGGACCUUGAGGGUGAGGAGGAGAACAUCUCCGUCAGUGCACAGAACUUCAUGGAUGCUAGCAUGCGGAAAUGCAUUGAAGAGCUGAAAAAGUUUAUCCCUAAUGUGGAAACGAAAUCUCCUUCUGUUAUUAGCCACUUGGUAAAAUAUGACCUGUCGAGAUUCAAGAUAUUAAGUCAAGAAGGGGAAUCUUUUAAAAGUGGAAGAUUCAGCGCAGAGGAGAAUGAGAAAUUAUUUCGGAAUAUCAAGGACUUCCUGGCUCUCACAGGAAUAAGCAGUGCAGCCAAACUCUUCUUCACCAACCGCUACCCUGAGGAAGCAGCACAAAUAAGGAACAUGAAGAAAUUGCACAAAUUCCAUUCCCAAAUCGCUGUUGGUAUUUUCAGGUCUUGGCAUGAGAUCUAUUCCCGUGGAAGGAAGGUCUUUGAUGAAUUUAACUACAAGGGCAGGUAUACAGAAGAUGAACUAAAAAAACUGAAUAAAUUGCAGAACUUGUAUGGCAAUAACUGGAUGAAGAUUUCAGAACUGACUGGUCGUAGCAACAUUUCUUUGGAGAAGCGAUUUUCUCAAAUCGCACAUAAGAAAGGUGAGUGGACAGUGUCAGAGCAGAAGAAACUGAUGAGGAUUAUCAAAGAAUACAUGGUGACACAGGUGGAGCCUAAAGAUGGCCCCUCUGGGCUCACGAUAAGGAAGGAGAAGCUGUACAGCAACGUGCCCUGGAAGAGCGUGUCUGAAGGCAUGGAGACUCGAAGCUGGGUUCAGUGUAGAGUGAAAUGGAUGGCAAUUCUGAAACAGAAGAUGACAUGUGGAGCUGAUGUUUAUAAAGGAAGAAAAUCGCUGCAGGCAAAGAUCAGGUUGAUCCGUGCGCUGUAUGAAAUGGAUGUUGAAGAUUCAUCAGAUGUGAAAUGGGAAGACCUCACAUUCACCAUUGGAGAUGUUCCUCCUGCCUACAUACAAGCAAAAUUCUACAAGCUGAAGGUCACACAAGUGCCACUGUGGCAAAGCAAGUCUUUUAGUGAUAUCAUUGACUUCCUGUACAAUAAAGUUCUACCUAAACUGGAAAAGGAUCUGAAGAAUUGUGAAGAAGAAUCUGUUCUCCCCAAAGACAUCUUCCGUCUGUCUCAGAUCUUUGAUGCUGAUUAAGAGUGAUAAACAGUCCAAGCUGCAGAAGAAUAAUGACCUUGUUAUCCUAGCUGAAUAAUGACCAUGUUAUCCUAGCUGAAUAAUGACCAUGUUAUCCUAGCUUUUUGGUUGUAAAAUGUGUUCUUUUGUAGCAGGUUCUUUUUUCAAUGACAGCCAUAUUUAAUAUUCCUGACCAUAUUGUAUGUACAUACUGCUUUUUCAACGGUAUUAUCUUUUUAUGUACUAUUUUUGCUGUAUCAAAAUACAUUUUAAGAAAAAAAAAACAAACGUGUGGAUAUUGAGGGUUGCCAGAAGGAACAUCUGUUGCACUGUGAAGUCAGCACGAACCUGUGCUUCACUCUCUCAGGUCCCUAUUUGCAUGCACGUCCUAAUUGUGCUUUUUGAAGAGCAGGCUUGUUCGUAUAACAAGGGCUGGGCGACUCAUGAACUGCAGAGAGCCACGCUAGAGAGGGGACAGUCUAAAAUUAUAUCAGUUUUGUUCAAUGGGCAUAAAGUUAAAUAUCUAUUCAAGAAAGUAUGUCAAAGAACUGCAAAGUGCCAAAACGCAUCUAAAGGCAUGUGAGCAACUGCACUAAUCGAGCCUAACAAACAGAGAGCUGAACUCUCUCAAAAAACACAAUAAUAGAUCAAGGAAGCCGGGCUUUUCAGUGAUUUGAUGAAUGCAAGUCGUUCUUCACUUGCCGAAGGUUUUUUUGACAUUUGAUUAAUGCUUUUUUGGUAAUGCUAGUUGAGGAGAAAAGUCAAUCUGGCAUUACACUGAAACGGUGGGCUAAUAAUAUCUAGUAGUAGGCUAAUUAAAGUAUCAGGUUAGUCUCCCCGAUAUCUUUUCAGAGGCCAGGAAUGCCCUACACAA